CUGCGAUUUUGCUGUAUCAUUGAGAAGCUGCUUGUUUUGUGUCUGCAUAAGGGGUCCCGCCCCUCAUAUUUUGGCCAGGCUGUGCCCAGGAGGAAGGAGGGUGCCCAGAGGCCCUGGACAGGAGGAGCAGCAGAGAAGAGACAGGGCCCCUGAUGAUGCGGGAAGGGGUUCUGACCUGGAGAAACUGAGCAAAGAGGGACCACCACCAGGAAAGUGCAACUUUCAAGAGGAGCUGGGGAGCAGCUGGGGGAAGGUGGCAGAGGGAAGUUUGGAGCUAGGCCUCCAGGGACAAGUAACCCGUCACACGUGGGGCCAGUGGGGAAGCACAUGCAUGGGGAGGGGCAGCCUGUGCCAGGGAGGUGUCAGUCUCCUGCAGCAGGCCCUGUGGAGAUAGAGAGGGUGAGGAACACGGGAGCUUGGGCAGUCGGGAGAGUCCAGGUGUUCGGCCAGGGAGUUUCCUAACGCCCCUUUCCCUUCCCAGGGAGGGUGACUGCAGGCACAUGAGGGACAUGGUUGGGAGAAAAUGUCUGCCCACGAGGAGGGGAGGGAUGCAUGCCUGGCCAUGCAGCUGGCCAGGAACAGGCUUCUCCAGGGUCCUCCCCUCUCCCACCAACAGCCUCUCCAGAAAGCCCUGGUGAGGAAUUCAGCAGAGGAAGCACCAUCAGCAUCCACACCCAGCUGAGGCCCCAGACAAGGGCUGACCUGGCUCCUGGGGUCCUGCAGCUUUGGGGCAGAGAAGGGGCAGGGGGCCCGCCAGCUCUCCUCUUCCAUCUACCUGGAGGAGGGCCUGCCUUUGUGACUUCUCUCCCAUCCACGUGACGGUGCCUCCAGCCUUCACCACCAGGCACACUCCCUAAAAACAAGCUGAUGGUUACUCUUCCUGAGGGAGAGCUGGGAACAUCGCAGAGGAAGGUGCAGGAAGAAAGAUUCUAGGCUUGGAGCUUAGGAUCAUGGUGAGAACCAAAAGGAAGUGAAUUCAUACCAAGCAAUUGGAAAGGUGCCUGUGCAAAGUGGGAAGUCAUCAACCGCAAUAGCUAAUAAGCAGGGUGAGGUCACACCUCCUUCAGCCUGCUGCAGACAAGGAGCUGAAGGGAGAUCGCUGAGAGCCCCUGUGGCCACCAUGCGCUCAGAAAACAUUGGACACUGCUCAGAUAUUGAGAUUUUUUUUGAGGAGGUCGUUGAAUGUCUCUGGGACAUACUGAGCAGAGAGAAACUGCUACUCCUGCUGAAUGAAUUCCUGGAGAGAAUUGAGGCUGAGGCCAGUUUGUCCAGGAAAGACGCGGAUGAACUACACACAUAUCUGAAUGAAUUGCAAAGAGCCUUGGGUGAGGAGGGCCUAGAAAGACUCCCCAAAGAGCAGCUGGACAGGAGGAGGUUUCUGAAUAAGUUUCCUCGGGUGAAACGGCAGCUGGAGGAGUUCAUAGGCAAGUUCCACGAGCUCGCAGACAAGGUUGAGACGGUCCAUAAGGGAUGUACCAUCUCCAACGUGAUGGCCCACAGCACCGGUGCUGUGUCUAGUAUUCUGACCAUCGUUGGCCUGGCUCUGGCACCCGUGACAAUGGGGGCCAGUGUGGUGCUCUUGGGUACUGGGAUAGGGCUGGGAGCAGCAGCUGCUGUGACCAUUGUGUCCACCAGUAUCUUCGAACAUGUGAAUAGGUCAUCAGCAGAAAUCGAAGCCAGUCGCAUGAUGUCAACUGUUGUCAAGAAAUGGAAGGUUCUCCUAGAGGUACUCAGGAGCCACCCCCACACUGUUGACACAACAGAGAAAGUCACAGAAGCUGAACAGUGCAUUGAAAUGCACAUCCAUGCCCUGGAGACAGGCAAUGACCCUGGCUCUGCAGCCAAUGUAAGCGUCUACAUGAGCCCUGGGAGGAUCUCAGUCCCAGCCAUCGAGCAGAUAGAGGCAGGUUUCAAAGCCACAGCUUCAGCAAUUGCCAAAGGAGCCCGGAUCGCGGGCUUGGCCACUGCAGGGGUGCUCCUCCUGGUGGAUGUGGGCUUCCUGGUGAAGGAGUCAAAGCACCUGCACGAUGGUGCCAAGACAAUAGCAGCUGAAACCCUGAGGCAGGAGGCCUGGGAGCUGGAGAGGAAGCUGGAGGAGCUCACCCAGAUCUAUGAGAGUCUGCAGGAGGACAGAGAAGUGAUUUAGCCACCCCCAGAGCAGUGCAGGGUCCAGGACACGUGAGGGGCUCAAGUGCAGAGGUACCUUUUUAGAGGGAAGGAGAGGGAGACCACACUAAUAAAGCUGGGUGUUAGGAAUUUGGCAUUUCUGUGGUUGAGCACAGCAGGGAAGGGAUGGAUGUAGGUGAUAGAUGAGGAGAGAGAAGGAAGGGGCCUGGGGCCUGGAGCCUGGAAUAAGGGAGGAGGGGGCAACCAGAGAAUGAGAGGCAGGGAGAAACCGCUGUUUUUUCAUACUAAGAACUUUUUAUUUUGUAUUGGAGUAUAGCCGAUUAACAAUGCUGUGAUAGUUUCAGGCGAACAGCAAAGGGACUCAGCCACUCAUACACAUGUAUGCAUCCUCCCCAAACUCCCCUCCCAUCAGAAACUACUACUUUGGACUAAAGAUGACACUGGAGGCGGAAUAAACGGAGAGGCAGGCAAACUAGCAGUGAGAGGCCAGGUGUUCCAACGGGUUGAAAGUGGAAGAAAGUCAGUCAGGGUUGUUGGGAUCCAGAAGUAGCAGGGGCUCCUCUCUCGCCCUCCGCAGGCUCUGAUGUCCCCGCAGAAGAGUCUUCCCCUGGUGCUGGUCUCUAGACCUCCCCUCCAACAUCAACUCACCUUUGGCCCUAGCUGAUGUGUCUUAUUUAGGCAGUGAGUCUUGUUUGUUUGUUUUAUUGAAGGAUAAUUGAUUUACAAUAUCCUGUUAAUUUCAGGUAUACAGCAAAGUGCUUCAAUUAUACAGGCAUCUAUGUAUUUAUCUCGGCUUCCCAGGUGGCGCUAGUCGUAAAGAGUGUGUCUGCAAAGCAAGAGACACAGGUUUGAUUCCUGGAUAGGGAAGAUUCCCUGGAGGAGGAAAUGAUACCCCACUCCAAUAUUCUUGUCUGGGAAAUCUCAUAGACAGUGGAGCCUGGCAGCCUACAGUCCAUGGGGUUGCAGAGAGUCAGACAUGGCAGAACAUCUGAGCAUGUGUAUGUCUAUAUUCUUUUUUAUUCUUUUACAUUAUAGUUUAUUACAAGAUGUUGAAUACUGUUCGUUUGCUACUACAGUAGGCAGGCCCUUGUUUAUCUGGUAAGUGUCUGUUAAUCCCAUCUCCUAAUUUAUCUAUCCCCCAAAACUUUGGUAAAAAGUUUGUUUUCUAAGUAUAUGAGUCUGUUUCUAUUCAUUUGGUCAUUUGUAUUAUUUUCUGGAAUCUACAUAU